GGGGUGGGAAGGAGGGGGCGGCCGUGCCCAGCCCCGGCGACGGCGGCGGGGGGAAACGGGGCGGCUGCGCUCUCCUGUCUGCCGUACCGAGCCGUACCGAGCCGAGCUCCCGGCACCGCCGGCUCCUUCCUGCUGCCGCGGUGAGUGCCGCGGGCUGCGGGGCGGGGGGAGGCGGCGGGCCGGGCCCCCCCUGCCCGGCGGCGGAGCCCGUGCGCCCCGUCGCUGUUCCCCCCGCCGCUCCGGCCGGGCGGGAAGAUGCGGAGCAAGGGCAGGAAGGAGAGCUUGUCCGACUCCCGCGACCUGGACGGCUCCUACGACCAGCUCACGGGCAACCCGCCAGGCCAAACUAAAAAAGCUCUGAAGCAGCGAUUCCUCAAACUGCUGCCCUGCUGCCGGCCCAAAUCCAUCCCCUCGCUCAGCGAAAACAGCGUUGAGGAUGAGUUUGAGCUCUCCACCGUCUGCCACCGCCCCGAAGGGCUGGAGCAGCUCCAGGAGCAGACCAAGUUCACCCGAAAAGAGCUGCAGGUCCUGUACCGAGGUUUCAAGAAUGAGUGCCCAAGUGGCAUUGUCAAUGAAGAAAACUUCAAGCAGAUCUACUCACAGUUCUUCCCACAGGGAGAUUCCAGCACGUAUGCCACCUUCCUCUUCAAUGCCUUCGACACUGACCACGAUGGCUCUGUCAGCUUCGAGGACUUUGUGUCUGGGCUGUCCAUCAUCCUGCGGGGCACCAUUGAUGAUCGCCUGAACUGGGCCUUCAACCUCUAUGACCUGAACAAAGAUGGCUGCAUCACCAAAGAGGAAAUGCUGGACAUCAUGAAGUCCAUCUAUGACAUGAUGGGCAAAUACACCUACCCAGCCAUGCGGGAGGAAGCACCCCGGGAGCACGUGGAGAACUUCUUCCAGAAAAUGGACCGAAACAAGGAUGGCGUGGUGACAAUCGAGGAAUUCUUAGAGUCCUGCCAGAAGGACGAGAACAUCAUGCGGUCCAUGCAGCUCUUCGACAAUGUGAUUUAGCUUUUGGACCUGCCUCCAGCUGAGCUCUCCUGCCACCAGGCCCAGAACCUGCUUGUCUCUCGACUUUUCCUUCGAGCUUCCCCUCCGCCAGCUGCACAGACACCCUUGCAGGAAGGGGGCUCCCUUCCCUGAGAUGCAGUUGGCACCAGGAUCUUCCUUCUGGGCUGGGUGUGCUUUCCUUGGGGGAUCCCAAGCAGGUGCUCCUGGAUGUGGGAGUGUGGGCAUGGCUGGCACAGGGCGAGCAUUUGGCCUGGAUGGAUCUCCCUGCACCUGGUCCCAGUGGGAAAGCCACAGCCUUGGGCUGCAAUAGAGGCUUCCCCCAUGCAGAGCACCCUGUGCAGCCACGGCUCCCCAACCCCUGGCCCUCCCCAGCCUCCUGAGCCUGCAGCACUGGCUCCAGCCCAAACCCUCUGGCAAUGCUGUCUAGAAACCAAUAAAGUCUUGCAACGGGCACCAGUGCCUCAGCUUCCUCCCCUGCCCCAGCCAUGCCCUGCUGUGGAGAGUGUGUCCAGCAUGUUGCCCUCCUUGCCCAGGCCCUAGCCAGUGAGUGGGCAGGGGGGCUGUGUCUAGAGAAGGCAGUAGCACAGUGAACCCAUCACUGAAUGAACUGUGGGAAGCAGCCCCUGAUCCCAGAGGGCCUGGUUAGUCCUAGGAGGCCAAUCCUGACACAGGGAGAAGGGAGACUGAAGGGAUCCUGAUGCUCCUGAAAAAUCCGAAGAGACCCUGAGGGCAGUGGUCCCUCAGGACGGAGGAUGCUGGGAGAGCUGCAGUCUCAGCCCCUGUUGUGUGAGUUCCAGGUACUGGCACACAGGGAAUCUCAGGGACUCAUUUUGAUGCUCCUAUGGAGAGACAUCUUUCCCACUAGUCCCCGAGGUCAAAGCUGCCAGAAUAUGGUGACACAUGAAGGAGAGAGGUGUGCUGGGCUCUGGAGGCCAUCCUGGCCCUUGGGCCUCACAGCCAUGCUCCCAACAUUGUUUGCUGCUUGACCUUCCCCUGGUCCAUCCCAGGCCACCUGCUGACAGGGGAGCCUGGGAAUGAGCAAUGGAGCAGAGAGUUGUCCCCACAGGCAUAGCUUUGUGGUGGAAGCACAGCUGAGCUGGCAACUCCCUGGGGAGAAAGCCAAGGCUGGGGCUGACCAGAAGUCAUUGCUGUGCUGCUGGUGGGCUUGAGGGUCACUUUGGGGCAGGAUAGGCUCAGCCUUUUCUCCUGGCAUGGCCAUGUGAGUCCCUGCUUGGGACCCCAACUAUGGAUCAGCACCCUGGUGCACCCCACAUCUUUGUCACCACCAGCUCCUCAGAGCAGGGUGUGUGCAGGCAGGCCUGUCCUGCUCACCUAACCCUCUGAGUCAUAGCUGGCACAGUGAUGCCCAUGGACUGAUGACCCCAUACUAACCACAGAAGCCCCUCUCUGUGAUAUCACAGAAACUGGGGAUGGACCCAGCCCCAGCAGCCCCUGGCCCUGCUGCUGCAGCCUUUGCAUCCUUAGCAGUCAAGGGUAAUCAGGGCUGGCCUGAGCUGCAGUGUCUGGGAUCAGUGGGGAUGGGGUGAGCAAGACCAGUACCCAUACUGGACCAGGCCCCAGAUACUGGCUGAGUCCCUGGUGUUGGAUCCAUUAGAAUCCCCCAUCAGGACCUUGAGCCAAAGUCACAGGGCUGCUCCCUGGUAGGACCAUCCCUGGCCCAGCUCCUGCAGGUAUGGUGUUUUUUAGGUUCAUUCAAUACAUUAUUCAUCUCACAGUCCUGUUCCUGGAUUUGCUGUGGGGCUGAGCUCCCACUUGCAGUCUCCCAAGGGUGGGAGGGCAGGUAUCCCGACCCUUACCCCUCCUGUCUCCUUCUCUCCAUCCUCCCUCCUUCCAGGCUCUCUGGGGCACCCAUCUUACCCCACCACACAGAGCAGAUGCCGCCUCCUCCCUCACGCUGCAGGUCGCAUGGUGUGACCCCUGGCUCUGGGGCAUGGUGACCCACAACCCGCUUGGCAUCUCCAGUCUGUAUAUUUUGUAUUAUAACAAUAAUAUGGGUUAAAAAAAAAACAAACAAAAAACAAAACAAAAAAAAACCAAUAAAAUUUAACCACAAUUGCUAUG